AUGCAAGAUGCCUCCGCCCCUGAUGCCGAGCCCCCAUCGUGGCCCUCUAAGAUGGCAGCUGCUGCCAAUAACGAUUCUCUGAAUAACAUGCACGUCAUUGCCCCCCAGACCCCCGCUCCGACAACGGCAGCGUUCUUAUCGGAUGACUGGGAGUCCCCACCGCCUGGUGAUGAUACACCGGUUUCCAAUCAAGUGAUUCGGAUGCUGUCCGGGGCGAGAGCCGUUCUACGGAGCUAUUCGGCUGCCCCUGCUGGAGGCCUCGUCGCUACUGGUUUGGUCAUUGAGUAUGGCACACUCGGGGCCCUUGGUCGUGAUCUGCACCAGUUGGUUCGAAUGGCUGAGUGGAUCUACCAGGCGAGGAUGGUAGCUCGGUACCAUGAUGGCAUGCAGUUAGUCUCGGCCGACCUAGAGGCUAUACGCCUGUCACUCUCGCCGACCUGUGGGACGGAGGAUGAUGUCUUUGAAGUGUUCCUGUCCGACGUUGGGAGGUCCUUACGACCAGCAUUGGAUUGCUGCACUGAAGGUCUGGGCGUGAACCUCAAGUGGAUCCAACCGUCGUUGACGGAUUGUGUAGUGCCUCAGUUGGAGCUGUUUGCCAACCUGCAGAUGGUGACUGCCACUGCGGGUGACUUGGCCGGUCCACUGGCCCGUUUGGCAGCCUAUAUAGAACUGUGCAGGGCCACUCAAUAUGGGCUUGCCGCUGUACCGUCGAAGGCAGAAGCGAUAGGGACGGGGGUAAGGCCUCCCGGUCUGGCUGAAGGCCUCCCGAUGCCAAUGUGGGAACUAUGGCCCAGGAAUCAGAUGGCCUUGGACAUGGUAUAUGGCCGUACUUACCUUUUUGAGUUCACUGCAAUGCUGGGUGGGUACUUGGCAGUUCGGACCAAUAACCGAUAUAAGCAGCCCUUGGUGCCUCUGCCGGCACCUGAGAGGUUCUUCCGGAUGGUAACGGCAACGAAGGCUGGCGUUGUCAGCGAUCACUUCCUACCUUUGCGGGACACUGAGUUUCGGGUACGAUUUCAGCCUGGCAAACUAUACAGUGGCAUCCUGGAGCCAUUAGGAGUCUAUUGUUGGUACUGUCAUAUCAUUACGACCAUUGCAAAUGGCGUGCUGCCCACCGAUUGCCCUAGGGAGGAUCGGAUGUCUGCCGAGUCGGCACCAGAUAGCGAGCCUUGGAGGGUCCUGUCGUGGAACACCUUCGAGGGUAGUGUGGUGUGUCGGGUUGUACUGUAUGCCGAUGGGGCCAGCAGGACCUUCCAAUUGAAGUUGAGCAUUGACAAGGUCCCCGGACGGCCAGAGACGCAGCUCCUCAAUCGGUAUUUGGUGGCCUCCUCUGUGUUAGUGGAAGAGUUUACUGAUUUAUGUCGAACACCUACAGUGAUCGCAGCACCGAGCUACAUAUUGAAAUUGUUGCGGCCAGGGGUGCCAUGGGUCGCUGUGUGUGAGGUGGCAGCAUUAGUUCGGAAGGAACGACGGGACCGUGAGACUCUGCGGCAGAUCGACUUGACCAAAUCGGCCUCGUGUCAAUGGCAAAUCGACUGGCAGGAUUUGAGUACGCCUCGACCACCAAAUGCCACCAACUCCUUCGUCAUGCUUCUUAACCUUACUGUUCGAUUGAAUAUGCCAAACCAAUCUCAUAUACUGCGAUCGGCUAAGUUGACAUUUACUGUUAGCUAUAAUAACAUUGUAAACUGGCAUGGUUGGGAUGUGGUCCACGUGACGAGCCUACAUGACAAGAGAGCUGCCCAUCUCAGCGAGAUAGUAGGGGAUAUGCAGCGACCGCCGUAUCGACUAGAGGCCCAUUUGGAUGGUAUUUGGAGCCAACUGAUAGCGAGCUUGGAGGGUUCUGUCGUGGAACACUUCGAGGGUAGUGUGGUGUGUCGGGUUGUACUGUAUGCCGAUGGGCCAGCAGGACUUUCCAAUUGA